AUGAGAAGUCUGACUUGCGUGGACAGGCUGACCUACCACAAGCCGAGCUGCGAACAAGCGGUCGCUACUGACCGUGCGCAAAAUGUGCGGGAGGUCCGUGUGCAGCGUUGGUCCAAGCAUGCCAUUCUCUCUGACCAUGACACGGCCCCGGUCGCCCCUGCUGUCGUAAUGGAAACGGGCGGAACUUCUUGCGAAGUGGUGCUGGAGCUCCCUCAGAUUUACCAUGGGCCACUUCGUUUGCCAUCUUUGCUGCUCUGCGCCUCUACGCAUCAGUCAGCUGUGCAGCUGACUGAGAAGCAUGUCAUGCGGCAAAUCGCGGGAUACUUGCAUGUGCUCAGCAUCGUGAGCUGCAGCUUCCACGGUGCUGCCCAUUCCACACUUUAUGUCACCGGGGAGCAGCAGGUCCAAAGCUUUGUGGCGAUUCCAGCCGGAUGGAACGUCUUUCUCCCCAACUUCGGGCUGCCAAAGUUAUCACACAGGGCGCCCUUGGAUAGGGAGGCAUCCAAUGUGCAGCCGUCCUUCUACGGACGUGUCGUGAUGGAGCCUGGUUCCACAAACGAGACGAGGAGCCUUGCUUGUGGUGAGUUGGCAGCAACUCCGCAGGUUGAGAGUUUGGCCCUCUUAGUUGAGCGGGGCCUGUGUACCUUUCGGCACAAGGCUACAAACGCAUUCAACGCUGGCUACAAAGCACUUUUGGUCUCCAACACGAUCCUUGGCUUGGCCAAGGUUCCCGACAUGACGGCAGGGAGUGAGGUGGAUGACCGAGCUGUCGAAAUCCCGGCAUGGUCCAUUGAUCUUUCUGAUGGACAGGCGCUGCGUAACUGGAUCUUAGCAGAUGCCAGGCUUGUGAUUCAGGUGAGCGACUCGCCAAGACGGCCAAACUUAGGUCCUUUCCAAGAAGAUGUAUUCGGUUUACGGCAGGUGUUCUCCAAAUGA